CAGAUUGAACACGAAGAAGAAGAUUCUCAAAUGGCGCCAAACAGAACUGCCGCUGAAAAAUACAUCACUGAUGUGGUGAAAUUUUUGGGCGGAAACACGAGCAUCGCAAUUAAAGUACAAGAGCUUCUCGACUUUGAGGCCAAACUUGAAGAAAAUCUGAAUGAUCCUGAUGAAACUCCAUUGAGGAUUUUGACACUUGAUCAAUUACAGCAGGAAGUACCACAGUUCAAUUGGAGUAAGCACUUAAAUCAGAUGUUUGCGCCUCACAAUAUUCCUGGGACCGAGGUUAUUCAUGUUGCACUGCCUUACCUCAAAAAGACUAUGGAACUGGUACAGAAUGCGUCCAAGAGUGUGUUAGCUAAUUACCUGGUAUGGCACGUGAUUAAGAAGGAGGUAGCCUAUUCAAGCUUCAGUCAUAAAGCACCCAAUUCCACAGUGAAUCGCAGCGUAGAGGAUGAUUGCGUCUAUGAAACUGAAGAGCCUUUUAUUGAUCUAAUGGAAGCUGCAUACGUCACAACUUAUGGCAAAAAGAUAACUAAGAUCAAAAAUAUGGUGGAACAACUGACAAAUGAAAUACGCCAAGCCUUUAAAGAAAACGUAAAUUCACUUACCUGGCUUGAUACCAACACUAGAAGGACAAUAAAUGAAAAGGUUGACAACAUAAGAAACAAAAUUGGCUUUCCUGACUAUCUUUCAAGCCCUGGCAAAGUCAAACAGAACUUUCAGAAGUACAACACUCUCAUCCUCAAAAAAGAUGAAUAUUUUAAAAACAAAAUAGCCUUAUCUAAGUUCGAUCACCAACAAAUGUUGAUGAGAUUUAGGCAACCUGUUAUUGUCGAUCGCGGGUGGCCAGUGUUUGCUCACGAGGGUAAAGAUGGGGUUGAAUAUCUUGAUGAUUCUAACUGGAUCGUUCAGCCGUUAGCCAGCCUGCGACCACCUUUCUUUUAUGAAAGUGAAUUCCUAAGGGCUUUUAAUUUUGGCGCGAUUGGUGCAAGUAUAGGGAAAGCAAUCACGAUGUCCGUUGGUCACAGAGGAAGGCAAUAUGACAAGAAUGGACUACCUUUAUCGACUGCUGGUCAGGGGUGGUCAAGGAAGUCACUACAGGAAAUUGAUAACAGGGGAAGCUGUUUUGCCACGCAGUACUCCCAGUACAAAUUGUUUGGAAGUUGGCGGGUCGACGGCAAUCUUAAUUACUUCCAAAAAACCAUUGACACCGUUGGUUUCAAAGCGGUCAACAAGUUAAAAUCAGUAUACAAAUAACUAUAUAAUAAUAAAGAUAUACUUUGGGUGACGAUAAACACAUGUAUUUUGAUUUUGAGCGUGGGCUCAAAUCCAAUGCCAUUUCUCCCAAACUUUGCAUAGCCUUUUAUUGAACCAUGGACAUUUCAAAUAUGCAAUAUAAAAUGGAGGUCACCAUUCUCGUUUUCGUGUGCUACGUGACCUCAAAAUGUGACAAAAUACGGCCUCGAUGACAGAUAUGGCUGUAAACGGAAGUCAAUAAAAAUAGCACCAUUCCUUGCAAAAUUACAAAUUUUAAGCAAUCUAAGGUAAUAUUGUAGAAAAUUUUUUAAAAAUAAUUAAUAAUAAUAAUAGACCCUUUCAGCUUCCUACGUCACCGAUCGGUCACGUGGUCUGAAAUGGGUAAACACACGCACGCUUCAAGCACGCUUCAGCCAAAUACUAUCGAAGUGGGAAAUUAAAAGCUCGAAAAUGGU